UGCAAAGGGGAAGAUGGCACCUUCAGCGUGUGCAGCUUGUCGAUCACAGCGCAAAAAAUGUUCGGAUGAAUGUUUGCUGGCUCCUCAUUUUCCUUCCGAUGACCUUCAAAAGUUUGCUCUCGUACAGAAAGUGUACGGAUUCAACAAUGUCCUGAAAAUGCUUAAAGAUGUUAAAGCUGAGCAAAGAGCAGAUGUAGUGAAGAGUUUGGUGUAUGAAGCGACUGCCAGAAUGGAGGACCCUGUUUAUGGGUGUACUAGAGAGAUCCAUCAACUGCAGAAGCGGAUUGCUGAGCAGGAGUCCAAGUUGGCAGCCUACCCCUAA